UUGCUUAGCAACGCUGUCAACAGAGCCCUGGCAACACAUACAGUGCUGAGAACACAAAAUAUGAGAUUUCUCUGUACCCAGCUCACCUGAAACAGGAUUUGUAUGUGGGUAUUGGAAAUAGGGUGAUGCCUGAGGCAAUUACUGGAUCCUGGUUUCCCAGCGGAUUCCAUGGACACUUCAGAAGCCAUUUUCGGAAUGAUAUAUCUCAGGAUUACCGCCUGGAAGCAAAGCCUCGUCCCCCAACAGCCUUCACGCAACGAAUGAAAGAAAAUCCAGCAAAACAUAUAUUCUCCAGGUACGAAAACCGCCACAUAUUCCCCAACUCUGUCUCUUCUUUUGAAAAUGGACUGGGGAAGAAGAAACUCCUGAAGAACAGAGAAUCACACAACUUUACUCAGUGGAUCCCCCUGGAGGAGGAGAUGAGAAGGCAGCGGCCCAUCAUCAGCACUUAUCGUACAGAUUUCUGGACACUGGAUGAAAAGACGGGGAAGGUGCCUCAGCUGCUGGUUCCCAGGCUGCAUCGGGCAACGUCGGCCUCAUAUUCUGGACUGACCACCUACCGGCACAUGUUGGGAAGCCAUGGAAGCCUCCCAGCCCCCCAGAAGCCAUCUACCACCGUCAUCCCAAUCAUCUAUCACAGCAACAGGGAAGGAGCAGCCGGCCCCUCGCUACAAAGAGCUAUGUCCGCCCCGUACAAGCGACUGACCGUGUCUGACUGUCUCGUCUGGCGAUCUCCAGACAGCACCGGGCAACUGAGCUUACACAGCAUUGAGACAUCAUAAUAGGGUUUAAUGUGUUUCUCUUACUGAAACCCUCUUGAAUGACCAAAUACACAGAAACAGCAAAGUAAA